AUGUUCUUUACCUCAGUUGAUUACAAGAAUCCUUUCAUAAUAAUUGCAAUGUUUUAUCUUAUUGUUUUCCCUUUCAAUAGAGCAGUGCUUCGGGCAAUGGCCAUACUAAUUGCAAAACAAGAACAGCACAACAUGGCUGUAAUGUCGAGAAGCCUUAGACCAAGGACAUCACGCAGGAGAAAGCUUAUUAUUUUCUCGGAGGACGAAGAAGAAGAAGAUGAAGAAACCGUAAAAUUACUGCCCACAAAACCCGAAAACUCACCUGAUCCGUCCCCAAAGAAGAAAAGAAGCCUGACCAUGAAAAGACUCUCGAAAAUUCAGAAUUGUGAGGACAAUAUUGUCCCCUUAAAGAACAGACGGCACCCUCUUUAUUCUUGCAAAUUAUUAGAUUAUGGUAACUCAGAUGAGGAGCCUGAAGGUCACUAUGGGUCGCUGAAAAAGUUACUGAAGAAAACAGAAGGCCCGUCAAAACGGAAAAGGACUUCUCGGGAGGUAGUAAACGUAUCCUCCGGAAAAAGUGUACCUGGGUCAAGUCGCAAGAGAACGAAUGAGAAAAAGGCCUGUGAAAAUAAAGUUAAUGGGAGAAAAGGAGAAAGCGAGAGCGAUGAAGAGUGGGACGAAAGCAAGGAGCGGUGGAUGGGUGUAUCAAACGGAAAUAGCAAACAAGUCCAGAAUGAGGAUAAUCGGAGAAGUUUGAAAAGGUGCAGGUCCUCUUCCAAUAAGUUUAUGGAGACGAAUUUCAUGUUGUACGACUGGGUGGACGAUGAAGAGGACCUCAUUUCAUAUAUUGACAUGAAUUUAGGAGGAAGUGAAUCUGUCAGUGUCCAAACUCAUGAUGCUAAUAUGGAGAAAGCAAAUGAUAGUCUAGAGGUCACGAGAAGGAAUUCCGACGAUUUUCAGAACAAUUCCUCGUCUGAUUUAUCAUCAUCAUCAUCAACAUCCUCAACCUCAAGCUCCACCCUGAAAUAUACUGUAUCCACUUCUAAAAUUGAUAGGAAAAAGAAUCGGAGAUUAUUAGCUGUGAACACAAAGAAGCAGAUGAAGGAGAGCGUGAAAUGCCAUCAAUGUUGGAGAUCAGAUAGAAGAAUUGUAGUUCCAUGCUCAGAGUGCAAUGAAAAAUUUUACUGUGUGACGUGUAUUAAGCAAUGGUAUUCCACAUUAACAGAAGAGGAAAUCUCUGAGGUGUGCCCAUACUGCCGUGGGAUAUGCAACUGCAAUGUGUGCUUGCAUUCACCUUCCACCCUGAAGACAUCAAAAAGAGAUGUCGAAGACAACGAAAAGAUUCGACAUCUGCAUUACCUCAUCAGAAAAGUUCUACCACACCUGGAGAGCAUUAAUCAAGAGCAAAUUGAAGAGAUCAAAAUAGAGGCUACAAUUCGGAAUGUCCCAUUAUCUUCAAUCAAAGUAAAACGCGCGGCUUGCUAUAAUGAAGAGCGUGUGUAUUGCAACCACUGCUCGACCUCGAUAGUUGAUCUUCAUAGGAGUUGUCCAAACUGCUCGUAUGAGCUCUGCAUCAGAUGUUCUCGUGAGAUUUAUGCUGGUCAGAUUCCUGGUGGGCCCAACAAUGAAAUUCAUUAUUAUGUGGACAAAGGCUAUGACUACAUGCAUGGUGGGGACCCAUUACCAGAAUCUAGCCAUGCAGAGACAGCUGAAAGAAAUCCAAAAACGCCAUUCAAUUGGGUUAUCAAACAAGGGUACAUUGUUUGUCCUCCCAAAGAAAUGGGUGGGUGUGGGGUGCAAGAACUAGAGCUCAAAUGUCUCCUUCCGGAAGACUGGAUCUCGGAUUUGGUCAUACGGACUGAGAAAGUCAUGAGUAGGUGUGAUGAAACUCUUAUGAGUGCUUCCCAGCCUGUAAACUGCAGUAGAGACCCCGAGAGAUCGUGCAAAGCGGCUUUUAGAGAAGAAUCUGGUGAUAAUAACUUGUGCUGCCCAUAUGCAGAGGAUAUAUUGAACGAGGAUGGGCUUCUGCAUUUUCGCAGGCACUGGGCUCGAGGGGAGCCCAUGAUUGUUAGAAAUGCUCUUGACCAAUCGAGCGGGUUGAGUUGGGAGCCAAUGGUCAUGUGGCGUGCGUUAUCUGAGCACACAGAUGAAAAUAUGAGUUCAAGGAUCUCGGGUGUGAAGGCCAUUGACUGCCUGGCUGGUUGUGAGGUUGAGAUUUGUACGCGUAAAUUCUUCAAAGGAUAUACAGACGGCCGACGAUAUGCAAACUUCUGGCCUGAGAUGCUCAAACUCAAGGAUUGGCCUCCGUCCGACAAAUUUGAGGAUUUAUUGCCCCGCCAUUGUGACGAGUUCAUCCGUGCUUUGCCAUUUCAAGAGUACACUGACACGAGGGGCGGGCUCCUCAACCUUGCCGUGAAAUUGCCAGCAAAUGUUAUAAAGCCUGAUAUGGGCCCGAAAACAUAUAUUGCCUAUGGCUUUGCGGAGGAGCUGGGGAGAGGGGAUUCUGUGACUAAGCUCCACUGUGACAUGUCGGAUGCGGUCAACAUUUUGACGCACACAGCUGAAGUAGCUGUCAGUGAAGAGCAAUACCAAGCAAUCGAAUCAUUGAAAGAGAAGCACAAAGCUCAGGAUGAACGAGAAAGUGGGGCACAAAUAAAAUAUGAAAAUUCUUGCAAUGAUAGAGCAAAGAAAAAUGAGCAACAAGAAGACAGACAGCCAUUAGAGAACAGAGGUGGCGCUCUGUGGGACAUCUUUAGGCGGGAAGAUGUCCCGAAAUUGAAAGAAUAUCUAAUCAAACAUUCAAAAGCAUUUAGGCACACUUAUUGCUGUCCAGUUGAACAGGUCAUUCACCCAAUCCAUGACCAGACCUUCUACCUGAAUUCAGAACAUAAAGCUAAGCUCAAGGAAGAAUUUGGCAUAGAACCAUGGACAUUUGAGCAGAAGCUUGGAGAGGCAGUUUUCAUACCUGCUGGCUGCCCACACCAAGUGAGAAAUCUAAAGUCAUGUACCAAAGUUGCCUCAGACUUUGUCUCUCCUGAAAACUUAGACGAAUGCCUUAGACUAACCGAGGAAUUCAGAAAGCUACCAAGAGACCAUAAAGCCAGAGAGGAUAAAUUAGAGGUCAAGAAGAUGAUCCUUCAUGCUGUCAAUCAAGCACUUGAUGAUCUGGAAAAGCUGGUUGCAGGUCCUGCAGAUUCAGAACUAUAGUUACAUCACCAUCAGGAAUUUAAUUUUGCCAUAUACUCAAAUUGUGAGUAGGUUAGCAUAUAUAGAAUAAAGCUUUUGUACUGUUUUUGUUCGUGGCAGCUGCCUGGUGUCGACCAAUCACGUUACACUCCCCAUAUCUAAUAGAACUUGCCGGGAGAAAUGUGGUGGAAUGAAAUUCUGGAGAAAAAAAUGUGUCAGAAAGAAACAAUAACUUAUAACAUUGUUUUCAGUACAUGUUAUGAUCUUUUCUCAAUAUUUGGGGAAAAUAUACAGAUUCAUUCUGUUACAUGGAAUUUGCAGGUUAGCCAACUAGUCUGAACCAAAUCCACAGAUUUGGAAGGUGAAGGUUUGAUAAGUUGAUGCUAAAUGAAUACUACUCUGAUAAAUUCUUGCUUUAAAUGAUCAAAACUCACAAGCUAAUAUAUGCUUCCCAAUUAUAUAGUUGGGCUCGAAGAAUAGAAUUAAGAGAGUAUCACUAAAUGUUGAGAACUAAUCAACUCUAUUGUUAACUGGACUCUAAGACCUAAAAGAUGAAAAUUGGUUACAUCGUUCAAUUCUUUCUAAAUAAGAAUGAUGAAGACUUAUUAAACUAUAUACUUUACAAGUACAAAAUUUCACAUACAAAUAUAUACUUAUUAAUUGCAAAUUUGUAUAAAUAUCAAUUCAUGUCAUUGUUUUUACAAAAAUGCCACUAUUGGUCGUAAUAACAAGUGUCCUUUUUUGUUGGUUUAGUGAUACAAUACAAAAGAUUGUACUUUUUAAAGAACAAGAACAAAGGUGUCACUUUUGCAAAAGUAAGGAAUAAAAUACACAUGGAACGAACUCACAAAUAUGGAGGAACGAACAGAGGCAUUUACCUUCACAAUUUGAAAAAACGUUGAGCAUGCUGAUCCUAUUUCGCAGGAGUAUUUCCCUUUUGCCCAUUUUGGAAUAUGAUCUUCAAUAUCCAAUUGAAUUGGGAAGGUUUUUCUCCAUUCCAUAUUUUAGAUAUGAUUUACAGUGCACAGAAAAUCGAUUUGGUUGGUUGUAAGGAUUAUGUCGAAACUCACAAACCAAAAAUAUAGGCUCGAACUGCCGGUUGAACCGGCCAGUUCGCUGGCUGGCCGGACCGCCGGCUCGGGCUGAACCGGGCGGUCGGGUGCUGGCUCGGACUGACCGGGCUCGGUCCCGCACCGGGCCUGCUGGUGCCCGGGUGCGGCGCUGGGCACGCUGGGUGCGACCGGGCGCGGGCUGGCACGACCCUGGCGUUGGUCGUGCCUCUCGGGUGUUGCUGGGCACGGUCGAGGCUUGCUUGACGCGCUGGCGUGCGGCCUGUUGGAAUUGACUGAGAUUUUUUUAUGCUUCUAGGUACUCUCACUCUCUUUUCUUUGUCCAAUUCCGUCGUACCGAACAAGAAACGGACGAGCAAGAAACAAAAGCGCCAGAAAGCACCAAGCAACCCAUCACUUCAUUUGCCCACACCUACAAAACAAUGAGAAACAAUUAACUUAAAUGAACCNGACAAACCCAAAGAAUUUUUAGGUGAAAUCCUUUGAGUUUGUCCCAAAGCCCUUUCUCAAUCUCUUCUUUCACCCACAAAAUUUGAUGGUUUUGUUUUUCUUCUUUUGUCU